AUGACUGUGGAUAAAUCUGACCAACUGCAAAUAUGAAAGUGUGCGCCGAGCUGCUCGCAAAUAUGGGCUGCGAGAAGCUGUGGAGGGAGAAGACUGGACCUUGUUUUGGACCGACUGCUCAGUAUCACUAGACAGGGUCAUGGAUAUGAAGCGUUACCAGAAAAUCAAUCAUUUUCCUGGCAUGAAUGAAAUCUGCAGAAAGGACCUGCUUGCACGAAACAUGAACCGUAUGUUGAAACUCUUUCCAAAGGAGUACAACAUUUUACCCCGCACGUGGUGCCUCCCUGCAGACUAUAGUGAUUUUCUAGCAUACACCAGAGCCAAAAAGCACAAAACGUACAUUUGUAAGCCAGACUCAGGUUGCCAAGGUCGUGGUAUCUAUCUUACCAAGUCCAGCAAGGACAUUCGGCCAGAACAUAUGAUCUGUCAGGUGUACAUAUCUAAGCCAUUCAUCUUCGAUGGCUUCAAGUUUGACCUGCGUAUUUAUGUGCUAGUGACCAACUGUGACCCUUUCCGUGUCUUUAUGUACAAUGAGGGACUGGUCCGAUUCUGCACGACUCAAUACACUGACCCCAAUGGCAGCAAUUUGGAGGAUGUUUGCAUGCACUUAACUAACUACGCAAUCAACAAACACAGUGAAAACUUUGUACGAGAUGAAGAUACAGGCAGCAAACGAAAACUCUCCACCUUUAAGAAGCACAUGGAAGCCUUGAAUUACGAUACAGAGAAGAUGUGGACAGACAUCGACGACGUCAUCAUAAAGACACUAAUAUCGGCUCAUCCCAUUCUCAAACACAAUUACCACACAUGCUUUCCCAACCAUGCAUCAGGCAGUGCCUGCUUUGAGAUUCUGGGCUUUGAUGUGCUACUGGACCAUCGAUUUAAACCUUGGCUUCUUGAGGUCAACCAUUCCCCCAGCUUCACCACAGACUCCCGUCUGGACCGGGAGGUAAAGGACGACCUGCUUUAUGACACUUUGGUGCUGAUUAACCUGGGAGCUUGUGACCGCAGGAAGAUCACAGAGGAGGAGAGACGCCGGGUCAAAGAGAGACUCCAGCAGAACCGUUCUAGAGAAGCCAGGAGCGAGGAGCUUCGGCAGUCGCAGGCCACUAGCAUGGAGCAGAUGCAGAGAUACGAGGCCAAACACAUGGGCGGAUUUCGACGGAUCUUUCCUCGAGAGGGAGGGGAGAAAUACGACAAGUAUUUUCAGCACAGCGGCUCUCUCUUCCAGGAGACUGCAGCCUCCAAAGCCAGGGAGGAGUGUGCCAGGCAGCAGUUGCAGGAACUUCGUCUGAAGCAGGAGCAGAAGGAAUGGGAAAAGAAAGGCUCACGGAAGCGAAAUCUUCAAGGUGAAUCUGCUGGAGAAAGAGUAAAACCAAGACGGAUUCAGGCUCAGCCCACACACCUGAACCCAAAUUCACUACCAGCUAUGCUCGAGAAUCCCACCCUGACAGGAGAGACAACUGUUGCUCUUGACCUAUCAGAGGAAGAGGAGGCAGAGAGAGUCAGUGAGCUUCACCAACGAGAGACCCUGCUGCUAAACAUGGGUGUGGUUAACCAGGUCCGCCAGCUACUUCAAAGUGCCAAUCACACUUCUGAACCUAUCAACCACUUACAUGAACAAGCCAGGUUUCAUUCGCACUGCAGACACGACCACAAGCUGGACCCCUUUGCAGAGAUGUCAUGGAGGCAGAAGAACAUCUGCACUAUGAUGCAACAGCAGGUAUCUACGAAAGCCAAACCGUCCCUGCAGUAUGUGCAAAACCGAAAGCCUUGGCCCUCCCUGGAACAAGGGCGGCUCCAGCCGGUCCAUACUGAGAAAGUGAAUGGCUCUUGUGCAUGGCGUCAGGGCAGUUUGAGCUCCUCUUUGGCUGAGUCGAAAGCCAGAUCGGCAAUGUUAGGAAUGCCUCCGCUCAUUCCAGGGCGACUGCAGGGUCCCACGAUGUCCCCUGACCCCAAAUCUCUUUACAUCAUUUCCACCCCUGCGCCUCUUGUCCCAAGGCCACAUCCCUCGCACACCCUCCGCAAGGGCACUCGCAGAGUCUCCCAGCAGGACAACAUAAAGACAUGCUCAGCAUUACAUAUGUGAAAUCUGCAUCCACUACCUGUAUUCCAUAAUGGAAAUGUUAAGUUGCUCAGUGAAAACUAAAGCCAUUUCUCUGUUUUUUAUUAUUUUCCUCAUGAUUUAGUUAUAGUUACGAGGUGUUAAAAUCAAAUUUUGGACUGGUCCCUGCUGUAAUUGUUUUAGCCUUAGACUGUUUUUAUGUCCUCCCAUUUUGUAUAGCUUUUGUUAGCUGAUAUU